AGUUUGAUAAUAAAAAUAUUAUUAAUGUGCCUCUGUAAAUAAUUUUUAUCAUUGGUAGUUCAAAGAUAAUAUUAAUUAGUUGAUGCUAUUAAUGUUGUGAAUAAAGAACAGUUUAAAGAUAGCCAUUGAAUUUUUAUUACAUUGUUAUUUAAAAUUUAUUAUAUACCUACAUAUAAAUUAAAAUACAACAAAUUUUCAAAUCCUUUAUUAUUGGUCUAAAAGUAUUUUUUUGUUGCGAAACAAUGUCUUCAAGGUCUUUAAAAGUGAUGCCGAAGCUGGUAUCUGCUGAACUUCCUCAAACAUACACUGUCUCGCCAGAGCAACUACAGUUCUAUGCUGACAAUGGGUAUCUGGUCAUCAAGGAACUAAUCGAUUUCACUUCACUGUACAGCUAUAAACAGCGCUUCGUGCAAAUAUGCAAGGGUAUAGUAGACCGUGGGAGUAUCAGAUUCAUAAAGGAACCUUCUCUUGUCGGCGCGGGGGCUAAGGGAGAGGAUGCUGUCAAUAAGAUUCAAGACAUUCUCUUCGAUGACGUGUUCAGCCAAUAUAUCGAGAACCCCCGCCUUCUGCACGUUGUAUCACAGCUUAUUCCUGGCGACACCAAAAAGAUAGAAGAUGUUAGCCUCACAGCGAUGCACACCAUGUUCAUUAACAAACCACCAGGCACCGGUCGCCAUCCUCCGCAUCAGGAUCUGUACUACUUCCCAUUUCGUCCCGCGCAUAAAAUCGUGGCCGCGUGGACAGCAGUGGACCAUGUCCAUCUGAAGAACGGAUCCCUAUACGUCGUACCAGGGUCACAUAAGCUAAACAAACUUUACGCUCAUGGCAAUGUCAAGGAUCAAAACAAACCCCUGUACCACGGCAUCUUGGAAGAAGAUUCGGCGGCGCCAAUGAACAAGAGGGUGCACCUGGACAUGAGUCCUGGAGACACCGUCUUGUUCCACCCGCUUUUGGUCCACGGAUCGGGGCCCAACGUUACUGAGAGACACCGCAAGUCGAUCUCGUGCCACUAUGCGAACGGCGAGUGCUACUACGUGGACGUGGCCGGGUCGGUGCAGGCGCCCAUCGCCGAAGAGAUCGUGGCCACGGCCAAUAAGCUGGGCUUAAGCAACGCCACCAUGCAGGACGUAUUUAAAUUCCGAAGCAAACACGUCAAAGGUACAAGGUCUAAUUUGUAAAUAUAUCUUGCUUAUAAUAUAAUAUAAUAUAAAAUAAGAAAGGACAAUACACUUAGCCACGUCGUACUGAUGUAAGCAGGAUACAAAAAGGUUCGACCACAUUUCAGCUGAUCACCGUAGUGAUAAAAAUAAACAAGUUCAUAAUAGUAGUUUAUGUGGCUGUUACAUAAUGAGAGACAUUCGAAUGCGAGUGUUUUAAUGCCUAAUUAUGUACAGUUACAUACACUGCUUUAUCUAUACACAUAUUAUAAGCUCUCGACUGAUGUGUUCAAGAAACGAAUGUUAUGACCGGCAUUACGGCACUGAUCAGAGCUAUUAGCAGUAAUUAGUAAAAUAAUGCAAAAAAACUUAUUUCUCACGCAUUUUUUUUAAUUCAUAGACAAUCUAGAGUCGGCCCCAACUAUUAUAUCCUUCGAUAUCGAGUAACGUGUGAGAUUUGUCAACAUUGUUUGCUAUUGACAUUUCAUUUCGAAUAAAACUUCAAACAAAUUGUUUAGUUUUUUAGAGAUGUUCGAAAUUUGAAUGUAAUAGUGAAAUCGAAUUUG